GGCCGCAGUGGGCGCAUGGAGAGCGACCGUCGAACAGACUCGGACGGGUCUCCGGCCAGCCUCCGUCCGGUCGGACCCGAUGGAGCCGACGUCCGCCCCUUCCUCCUCCGUCGCGUCACACUCUCCCGGGCCAGCUCAACGCCAGCGCGUCCAACACGGCACCAGCUUACCCAAACGGAACCCAAACCCCACAAGGCCACCCGCGACGACGCGCUCGGCCGCUCGGGCGCUGCCUCGCUGACGCCGUCACGGCUUGUCGUUACCGCCCUGCAUCGCACAGCAGGGAUAGCCGAUGUGCCGCAGACCGCCGCGUGGCGGAGCAGGGGGCAGCCGAGGCGAGCUGGCUCGCGCCGUGACAGGUGGGCCCAGCCUGUCAUAGGAGGUCUUCGCUUGGACUUUGGACUUGGUGGCUCCGCCACGGCACCGCUUGACGCCUCCCCUCGCUCGGUUGCGGACUCCGCACCAACCGCUUGCUGCUACUUUCCGCCAGCCGGGGAAAAGGCAGCCGCAGCCAGCGACGCCUCACCUCACCUGACCUCCCUCCUCACCCCCGCCCCCAGCCGCAGCGCCCGCCGGAAGGUUCUAGAGAUGGCGGAGGAGAAGGAGUCGACGUCGGUCCCGCUCAGCCAGGCGGCGGAGGCCGUCGACCCCGAGGACCCGGCCAAGUCGCCGCCGCGCCCCAGCUCGCCCACCACCUCCACCCGCAAGGCAUGCUGCGCUGUUCUUCAGAGUUGGGUGUCGAGAAAAUUUAUGACUGGAUGUGUGGUUCUUUUUCCUGUGGCUUUCACGUUCUUCAUCACAUGGUGGUUCGUUCAGUUUGUUGAUGGGUUUUUCAGCCCACUAUACGCAAAACUCGGAGUCAACAUAUUUGGUCUUGGUUUUCUGACUUCUCUGGCAUUCAUAUUUCUGGCUGGAAUAUUUGUUUCUUCGUGGUUGGGUUCAACUGUCUUCUGGGUUGGAGAAUGGUUUAUAAAGAAAAUGCCAUUUGUGAAGCACAUAUAUUCGGCAUCAAAGCAAGUCAGCACUGCCAUUUCACCAGAUCAAAAUACGACAGCAUUUAAAGAAGUUGCAAUAAUUCGGCAUCCACGUGUUGGUGAAUACGCAUUCGGAUUUAUAACAUCAACUGUUGUCCUUCAGACAGACAAAGGUGAUGAGGAAUUGUGUAGUGUUUAUGUGCCAACAAAUCAUCUAUAUAUUGGUGAUAUAUUUCUGCUGAACUCUGAAGAGAUCAUCAGACCAAACUUAUCCAUUCGAGAAGGAAUUGAAAUUAUCGUUUCUGGAGGAAUGACCAUGCCACAAGUAAUUGCAUCGCUAGAUCCCAUCCCAAGAAAGAGCCAGAGCAUCCGCCUAAAUAGAAUAAUGACAUGAGGAUGUGUGAGUCAUCAAAGCAAGGGUCGCAAAUGGGUGGAUGGGACUCCAGUGCUGGUCUGUUUGUGCUGUUCGUUUCUUACGUGUAAAAUGUCAAGGUUGGAUACGGGAACGUGAUGACCAAGCUGGACGGAAGCAUCGUACCGAUGGCCUGGAAUGCUGUUAUGUGACGCAUGUUGUUUUUCUCUGUUUGCUGACUGGUCCAAAGUGUUAACUUCGAUGCACCGGUGGUGUACAACUAGUGUGCCUGAUUACAUUCAUUUGUAAGAGUGUGUCGUGUAAUACCAUGUCGACUUCGUUACUAUAGUAUACAUACCAUGCUGACUGGUUUCUUUGUGAACA